AUCAACGGUUUAUUUCAUUUAUGGCUGUUAAUCAGCAGUAAAAUGAGAGCCUGGGUAUAAAACAAGUCAAUUUUCUACAUUCACCCCAGAUGCAGUUCUAGGUGUUCAACGACCAGUUCGAUAACCCUUACAGAUGGAGGCUCAAUUGAUUGUCCUUUUUGUGAUCACAUUUGGGGCAGUGUCCAAAGCAGCGACGGAAACAGGACUACCUAGAGGACUUUUACCUGUUGAUUUACACGAUCCUGAAGUUAUUCAGGCAAAAGAAUUUCUCGUAAAACUGCACAACAGAGAUUUUCAUCAAGAGAACGUUGAGAUACUCGUAAAAAAAGCGUUGAGACAGAUUGUUGCCCUCCGGCAUCAACAACAUCUCCAUAUUGUUUAUUUGGAUUACAAUCUCAUUUCAAAUGGCAAGAUGAUUUCUAAAUGCCUUGCAGACGUAUUUUUCGAUCUUCACGACAAGUUACACCUAAUUAAUAUGCCAGUUCCCCGGUGCCAAGUACCAUACUAGUUAUAAUUUCAAAAAUAUCUGUAUCUUCUUUAACAAAAAAAUUGUCAUUAUAAAAUAAUACUAUUAUAAACUAUAGGAAUAAACAAAUUGGUUAUAGGUAA